AUGAGCCACCUCUUCAGCCCCCGGCUGCCGGCGCUGGCCGCCUCGCCCAUGCUCUACCUGUACGGGCCCGAGCGCCCCGGGCUGCCCCUGGCCUUCGCGCCCGCGGCGCUGGCCGCGGCGGGCCGGGCGGAGCCGCCCCAGAAGCCGCCCUACAGCUACAUCGCGCUCAUCGCCAUGGCGAUCCAGGACGCGCCGGAGCAGAGGGUGACGCUCAACGGCAUCUACCAGUUCAUCAUGGAGCGCUUCCCCUUCUACCACGACAACCGCCAGGGCUGGCAGAACAGCAUCCGGCACAACCUCUCGCUCAACGACUGCUUCGUCAAGGUGCCGCGCGAGAAGGGGCGGCCCGGCAAGGGCAGCUACUGGACGCUGGACCCGCGCUGCCUGGAUAUGUUCGAGAACGGCAACUACCGGCGCCGCAAGAGGAAGCCCAGGCCGGGCCCCGGGCCCCCCGAGGCCAAGCGGGUGCGCGCGGAGCUGCAGGAGCCGGAGGCGGGGAGCCGGGGCGGGCCCCCCGGCUCCCCCACCCCCACCUGCCAGGAGGGAGCCCCCGCGCACCCCUCGCCGCUCCAGGCAGGCUCCUCUCCCCCGGCACCCCUCCCCUGGCCGCGGCCCGGGGCCCUGGAGGAAGCCUCCCCGAGCACAGCGGCCGCAGCCUCGGGCCAGCCGGCGCGCACAGUGAAUGGCCCCGGGCCCCCGCCGCGCCCCGUCUCCCGCUGCUCCCCGAAGAGUUCGGACAAGGCCAAGAGCUUCAGCAUAGACAGCAUCCUGGCGGGGGCGCAGGGCCGCAAGGCAGCUGCGGGGGGCGACCUCCUGGGGGCCAGCUGCCGGGGCACCUCGCUUCUGGCCGGCACCUCCAGCCUCCUUCCACCCUUCCACGCCUCGCUGAUGCUUGACCCCCACGUGCCGGGCGGCUUCUACCAGCUGGGGCUCCCUCUCCUGUCCUACUUCCCGCUGCAGCUCCCCGAGGCCGUGCUGCGCUUCCAGUAA